UUUUCUUUAAAGUGCGUGAUUUUGAUAGUUACCGGCAACUACUGUAGAUUUUUUUUUUCACCAAUUAUUUGAUCAAAGCUCUGCUUAGAAUUGAUUUGAAUUGAUUUGAUUUGUUUGUUUUUUUGAAUUAGUUUUACUUUUCAGUUCAGUUAGAGUCCCCUUUCUUUUGGUUUGAGUUUUAUAUAUAUAUACAACAGGUGGCAAUAAUGGAAGACAAAAGAGAGCUCUUGAAACAACCCUUACAUGGGAUUUAUAUUCCUAUCUUACUUAUUUUAUUUGGGACCUUAAUCUUUGGGGUGGAAUAUUUACCAUAUAGUAUUGCAUUCAUAGUUGUUAUUAGUUCAGGUAAGCUUUAUGAAGUGUGGAAUAAUAGAACUUCAAUGGAUAAAUCUGUUUGGAAAGAAUUUGAAUUGAUUGAUAGAACUAUUAUUGGUCCUAUGACUUCCAUUUAUAGAUUUAAAUUAAAUCGUGAAAAUGAAAUUUUAGAUAUUCCAACGGGUCAUCAUGUGGCAUGUUGUUUUACUAUUGAUGGUAAAGAUGAAAUGAGAUAUUAUUCUCCCAUUUCAAAUCAAUUCGAUGCUGGAUUUUUCGAUAUCUUAGUUAAACAUUAUGAAAAGGGUAAAGUUACUCGUAGAUUAGCUGCUUUACAUGAAGGUCAAACUGCUAAAUUUAGAGGUCCAUUUGGAAAAUUGAAUUAUGAACCUAAUAUGGCUAAGGAAUUAGGUUUAAUUGCUGGUGGUUCAGGUAUAACUCCUAUUUUACAAGUUAUAACUAGAAUUAUUACUAAUCCUGAAGAUCAUACUAAGAUAAAUUUAAUCUUUGCUAAUGAAACUGAUAAAGAUAUCUUAUUAAAGAAUGAAAUUGAUGAAAUUGCCAAGAAAUAUCCUUAUUUCAAUGUUCAUUAUACUUUAACCAAUCCACCUGCUGAUUGGGAUGGAAGUUCAGGUUAUGUUAAUAAAGAAAUGAUUGAAAAAUAUUUACCAUCUGUCCUGAAUGAAAAUAGAAUUUUUAUUUGUGGACCACCAGCCAUGAAAAAAUCUUUAAAAGAACAAGCUAUUGAAUUAGGUUGGGAAACUGAUAAUAUCUUUUGCUUUUAAUCAAACAAAAAGAAUGUAGUUCUGCUUUGACAUUGUUUAACACAUAUAUUCUCUUUUCAUAAAAUUAAAAAAAAAUUUGCUAAAAAUGUAAAUAGAAAUCAUCAUUUAAUAUAAAAUAGUUAAAAAUAGAUUAAAAAACUAGGAUAUAGCAACGAUUAUUAAAAGGUCCCCGAUCUCCGUAGAGUUGUCGAUCAGUGUUAUGGUUCGGCUAGAAUCAUGUAGUAUCCGCUACAAAUUUUUCCGCAAACGUUUUACCACCACGUAACCUUGGUGGUUGAAUAAGAAAAACAUAACGAUAGUUAACCUCAUUCAUAUAUCAUACGUAAGCAAACAGCUUCCAAUCAAUGGUUGCAAUUAUGAAUCUAGAAUGAACGUAACUUAAUCCAGAAUUAGUCGUAA